AUGGCAGAGGAGGUAUGGGUGGGCACCUGGAGGCCACAUCGCCCCCGGGGGCCCAUCAUGGCCCUCUACAGCAGCCCUGGACCCAAGUACUUGAUUCCACCUACCACGGGCUUCGUGAAGCACACACCCACCAAGCUUCGUGCACCAGCCUACAGCUUCCGAGGGGCCCCCAUGCUCCUGGCAGAGAACUGCUCCCCUGGGCCUCGCUACAGUGUGAACCCCAAGAUACUGAGGACUGGAAAGGACCUUGGCCCUGCCUACUCCAUCCUGGGGCGCUACCGCACCAAGACCACACUGACCCCCGGCCCUGGUGACUACUUCCCAGAGAAAUCUACCAAGUAUGUGUUUGACUCAGCGCCCAGCCACUCCAUUUCUGCCCGGACCAAGACCUUCCGAGUGGACAGCACUCCAGGCCCUGCCGCCUACAUGCUGCCCAUGGUGAUGGGGCCCCACACUGUCGGCAAGGUCUCCCAGCCCUCCUUCUCCAUCAAGGGCCGCAGCAAGCUGGGCAGCUUCAGCAACGACCUGCAUAAGACCCCAGGUCCUGCAGCCUACCAGCAGACCGAUGUGCAGGUGACUAAGUUCAAGGCUCCACAGUACACCAUGGCUGCCCGAGUGGUGCCCCCAGGGGACAAGACUCUCAAGCCAGGACCAGGAGCCCACAGCCCAGAGAAGGUGACAGUGACCAAGCCCUGCGCCCCCAUUGUCACCUUUGGCAUCAAACAUUCUGACUACAUGACACCCCUGGUCGUGGACGUGGAAUAGCCUUGGACCCCACCCCAGCCUGCCUCCUGAGCCUCUGUAUAUCACAUUCCCACAAGACUCCCUGGGCCACAGGCUUGGGCCUCCUCCACCAGCUGGGCUGCAGCCAGCUUGGCCCUGCAGGACAGAGCACGCUUGUUGGACAAUUGUAACCAGUUAUUUUUUCUAUGCAACUUUCUCCUUUGCUAAUCUUGUUUCCUGAUGUGCCCAGAUACUUAAUAAAUCACAGAAUCCAUUAGCAAUGGGUUUGUCCUAGGGGGAAGGGUCAUGCUUUUCCAGAACAGGGCCCCCAUGGGCUGCAGUGCCAGCCCCGUCGGGUCCCAUCCUGGCUUUGAGGCCCUGGGGUAUGAAUACAGAGAGGGGAGGGCUCCAGAGUGUCAGGCCCUGCCCAGCCUGCUCUCCUGAUUCCCUCUGCCUUGAGCCCUGCCCUCCAAGUUUUGUUGUACACCCCGAAGAUGAUCACACCUGCAUCCGUCACUCCCAUGUGCUCUCCUCCCUGCAUGACUCUCCCCAUCGGAGAGAUGUGCUGUGUGUCCCUUGAGUCCUGUGACCGCCCUGAACAGUGAUGCUGCGUGACUUCUGGGGCCAGGCCACAUUAACAUACAAAGGAAACAGCUUCUGCAUGGGUAUGCCCCCUUUGCACACCUCCAGGACCAGCCACCGCAUGGUGAGGAAGCUCGACACACAGCAAGGCCACGUGCAACGGCCAGGUAGUCAGUCCAGCUGGGCCCUCAGCUCACACCAGCAGGAACUGCAGACAUGAGCGAGCCUUUGGGCAACGGCAGCACCCGCCUCACAACUGGGCGCUGAUAUCCUAGAGCAGAGACAUCAGUCCCUGCUCUGCCUGUCACAAACUCUGAGCACAGUAACUUUGGGACAUAAAUUGUUACUGUAAUGUUAUGUGGCUAAGUUUUUUCUUUUUUUUGAGGAAGAUUAGCCCUGAGCUGACUACU